GCUAUUUUAGUUUCUCGUUUGAACCGUUAAGCGUGUAAAUGUGUAUUUUGUUGUGUUUUUAGUGUAUUAUGUUUUGGUUUAUUUUAUUAUCUUCUUUCUAUGUCACUACAUUAUGUGACUAUAAUUCACGAUUAGUAUAUUUAUCUCAAGGUCCAGUGAGAGGUUAUAGAGAACCAGAAUAUGGAGUAUACAGCUUCUACGGUAUUCCUUAUGCUACUGUACCGAAAGGGGCAAACAGGUUUAAGGCUCCACUUGCAGCGCCUGUAUGGUCGGACACUUUCGAAGCCGUAGACACAGAAAUAAUAUGUCCGCAAAGUAAUAUACUCAAUGCACUUGUGAUUCCGGAAUCUAAAGUAAUCAAAGAAGAUUGUCUUAUAGCAAAUAUUUAUGUACCCGAGACGAACGAAACAAACUUACCGGUAGUAAUAUAUAUCCACGGAGGAGCAUUUGUAACCGGUUGGGGAAAUAUGUUUACCCCGAAGUCAUUGGUAAACACGCAGAAAGUAAUAGCAAUAACUUUUAAUUACAGACUUGGGGCUAUUGGCUUUCUUUGUUUGGGUACAAAAGAUAUUCCCGGUAAUGCUGCCAUGAAAGAUCAGGUAGCGUUAAUUCGGUGGGUGCAUAAAAAUAUAGCUAAUUUCGGUGGUAAUCCUGAUGAUAUUACACUGUCAGGUUUUAGUUCUGGUGCUGUUUCAGUAGAUAUGUUGCUGCUUUCGAAAAUGGCAAGAGGAAUUAUCAAAAAAGUUAUACCAGAGAGUGCGGGUGGCCUCUGCCCCUUCAGUGUACAAUUAGAUCCUGUUGAAAAUGCUAAAGUGUACGCAAAGCUACUAGGAUUUCAAUAUGUAGAUGAUAUUUACGCAUUAGAAAACUUCUACAUGAACAUUCCGCACGACGUUCUAAGUGCUGUACAAGUCACAAACAUGAAAGACUCUGUCACUCUCAUGGCACCGUGUAUAGAACGAGACAUAGGCGAGGAGAGAUUCCUCGAGGACAGUCCAGUUAACUUGUUAAAAAGGGGUGAUUUCGAAAAACUCCCAACUUUAUAUGGGUUUACACACAUGGAUGGAUUGUUUCGUUUACCACAAUUUUAUACUUGGAAGGAUGAAAUGAAUACAAAGUUUUCCGAUUUCCUGCCAGCUGAUCUACAAUUCAAAAACAAAUUAGAAAAAGAGAAAGUAGCUAAUGAGGUGCGUUCUUUUUACUUUAGCGACAAACCAGUAGGUGAAGAAACGGUACUAGAUUUCGUAUAUUAUUUCACCGAUGUUAUGUACGCAUUGCCAAUGCUGAGAUCUGUUAAACUUCAAGUUGAAGCUGGUCAUAGUCAGAUUUAUUUGUACGAGUACUCUUAUUAUGAGGACGGCUUACCACCAAUACCGUUCACAGACAAACGCGGUGCAAAUCAUUGUGCUCAGACAUUUGGAGUUUUAGAUGGAUUUUGGAAUUCUACCAUCGUCGACGAAAAAGACGUGUCGGAUGAUAUACGGCAGCGAAAAAUUUAUAUGAAGAAAAUAUGGUUGAACUUUAUGAUUAAAGGGAAACCGAUAUCUGAUGAUUUGGAAGAAGAUUUAAAUUUACCGGAAUGGCCGCCUGUCGAAUUGGACAUACAGCGAUACAUGUCGAUCAAUAGGACGUUAGAAGUGCAAGAAUAUCUUUUGAAAGACAGAUACCUAUUUUGGGAAAACAUCUACGACAAACACUACCGUAACCCUAUACCGCCGAUUUUACCAACAAAAUACAGGAAUCUUAACGGCGAAUAGGAAAUGAAAUGCUUCUAGUUUAUUCAAACAGAAAUGCUGUUGUUAAGAAAAGUACUAGAGCUACAUGCAUAUCAGUUUUAUAAUAAGAUAAAAGUUGCCCAAGGACGCUAUAAUCUACAAUAGCCUUGUUUACAGCAAGACUCUGUUAAGGAAAAAUAAAGAAGAAAAUCAUU